UCAGAGGAGGUGACGCGGGGAGCAGGCGGUGUCGGCGGGAGGCGGUGCGGGCCUGGCGCUCGCUGCCUUCUUUGUGCGGCGCGGCCGGGGCGAUGCUGUCGGGGGGCAAGAAGGCCGCGGAGGCGGCAGCGGGCGGCGAGGGCGGGCCUGAGGUGCCGGUGCCUCCGCCCGCCGCCUCAGGGGCCCUCGGAUCCUCUGCCGAGGGCGGUGUCGCCGCGGAGCGCACUCCCCGCAAGAAGGAGCCGCCGAGGGCCUCUCCCCCGGGCGCUCUCACCGAGCCGCCGGCAGCCGCUGGCGCCCUUGCGCCCGGCGCCGAAACCACCGGGAUCGCCGAGACUCCCGAGGGCCGCAGGACGAGCCGCCGCAAGCGGGCGAAAGUGGAGUACAGAGAGAUGGAUGAGAGUCUUGCAAACCUGUCAGAAGAUGAGUAUUACUCUGAGGAAGAGAGAAAUGCUAAAGCUGAGAAGGAGAAAAAACUACCCCCACCACCACCACCAGCUCCUGCAGAAGAAGAGAAUGAAAGUGAGCCAGAGGAGCCAUCUGGGCAAGCAGGAGGACUUCAAGACGACAAUUCUGGAGGGUAUGGAGACGGCCAAGCAUCAGGUGUGGAGGGUGCAGCUUUCCAGAGCAGACUUCCACACGACCGCAUGACAUCUCAAGAAGCUGCCUGCUUCCCUGAUAUAAUCAGUGGCCCCCAGCAGACCCAGAAGGUGUUUCUGUACAUCAGGAACCGCACCCUGCAGCUCUGGUUGGAUAACCCAAAGAUUCAGUUGACAUUUGAGGCAACUAUUCAGCAGUUAGAAGCACCUUAUAACAGUGACACAGUGCUUGUGCACAGAGUUCACAGCUAUUUGGAGCGUCACGGUCUAAUCAACUUUGGUAUCUACAAAAGAGUGAAGCCCCUUCCAACCAAGAAGACUGGAAAGGUGAUCAUUAUUGGUUCUGGAGUCUCUGGAUUGGCAGCAGCUCGCCAGCUGCAGAGUUUUGGGAUGGAUGUCACAGUUCUGGAAGCCAGGGACCGAGUAGGAGGAAGAGUUGCUACCUUUCGGAAAGGGAACUAUGUUGCUGAUCUGGGAGCAAUGGUGGUAACAGGACUAGGAGGAAAUCCCAUGGCUGUGGUCAGCAAACAAGUGAAUAUGGAACUGGCUAAGAUCAAACAAAAAUGUCCACUUUAUGAAGCAAAUGGACAAGCUGUUCCAAAAGAGAAAGAUGAGAUGGUGGAGCAAGAAUUUAAUCGUCUGCUGGAAGCCACCUCCUAUCUCAGUCACCAGUUGGAUUUUAAUGUGCUCAAUAAUAAGCCUGUCUCCCUGGGUCAGGCUCUGGAGGUUGUCAUACAAUUGCAGGAGAAGCAUGUAAAGGAUGAGCAGAUUGAGCACUGGAAAAAAAUUGUGAAAACACAGGAGGAAUUGAAAGAUCUUCUUAAUAAGAUGGUGAAUUUAAAAGAGAAGAUUAAAGAACUUCAUCAACAGUAUAAGGAAGCUUCAGAAGUGAAGCCACCCCGGGAUAUUACAGCAGAGUUCCUUGUGAAAAGCAAACACAGAGACCUUACAGCUCUUUGCAAGGAAUAUGAUGAAUUGGCAGAAACACAAGGAAAGCUGGAAGAGAAAUUACAAGAACUUGAAGCCAAUCCACCAAGUGAUGUUUAUCUGUCAUCAAGAGACAGGCAAAUACUCGACUGGCAUUUUGCAAACCUAGAAUUUGCUAAUGCUACACCCCUAUCUACACUUUCACUGAAGCACUGGGACCAGGAUGAUGACUUUGAAUUCACAGGCAGUCACUUGACUGUGAGGAAUGGAUAUUCCUGUGUGCCUGUAGCCUUGGCAGAAGGGUUGGAUAUUAAAUUGAACACAGCAGUUCGACAGGUUCGCUAUACAGCAUCAGGCUGUGAAGUGAUAGCUGUAAAUACCCGAUCUACCAGCCAGACCUUUAUUUACAAAUGUGAUGCUGUGCUGUGUACUCUGCCCUUGGGAGUGUUGAAACAGCAGCCUCCAGCAGUGCAGUUUGUGCCACCUCUCCCUGAGUGGAAAACAUCUGCAGUGCAGAGGAUGGGAUUUGGCAACCUUAACAAGGUUGUAUUGUGUUUUGAUCGUGUCUUCUGGGAUCCAAGUGUCAAUUUGUUUGGUCAUGUUGGUAGCACCACUGCAAGCAGAGGAGAACUUUUCCUGUUUUGGAACCUGUACAAAGCCCCAAUUUUGUUGGCCUUGGUAGCAGGAGAAGCAGCAGGGAUCAUGGAAAAUAUCAGUGAUGAUGUCAUUGUGGGACGGUGCCUUGCCAUCCUCAAGGGAAUAUUUGGCAGCAGUGCUGUGCCUCAGCCUAAGGAGACCGUGGUGUCCCGCUGGCGUGCUGACCCGUGGGCCCGAGGAUCAUACUCCUAUGUAGCAGCUGGAUCUUCUGGAAAUGACUAUGAUUUGAUGGCUCAGCCAAUCACUCCAGGACCAGCCAUUCCAGGUGCUCCUCAGCCUGUCCCUCGCCUGUUUUUUGCAGGAGAACACACAAUCCGCAACUACCCUGCGACCGUCCACGGGGCUCUGCUGAGCGGGCUGAGGGAAGCUGGGCGCAUUGCAGACCAGUUCCUGGGGGCCAUGUACACCCUGCCUCGCCAGCCUACACCUGGGGUCCCCCCCCAGCAAGCUGCCACUAUGUGAGGAAAGCAGAAGGUGUCAGAAGAGGAGCGAGGAGCCCGCAGUGCUGCUCUUGUGGAUGCUUUGGGAUGAAGAUACUCACACAGGAACAGCACCUGCUGCAAGGACUCAGCCAUGAGUUACUGUAUGGUACUUCUGUUAGAAUGGCCUUAAAAAAUCAGCCUUUGGCUUGGCAUCCUCUUAGAAAAUCUCUUGCAGCUCUUUGAGGUGCACAGACACCUUUACUACCAAGCUGGUCAGGGACUUUUUGACCCUGCAGAUACUUUUUGAAAGUCAAGCUUCUAGCUCCAGGUUUUUUUAGGGUUUUUUCCUACCCAUACAUGUAUUUGCAGUUUGGUAAUGGCACAAGGCCUUCUAGAAGCUGAUUACUACAAAUAGGGUAGAAUUUAUGUAAGCUUCAAUGUUGUUUGGGGUUUUUUAUACUUUUUGUUUUGAAGAUUAGUAGUUUUUCACCAAUUCUGUUCUUAUCUGGCAUUUGAGAAAUGGGUGCAGCUGUUUCCCCACCAGUAACAGCAAAUCACAUCUCUUCAGAAUGGUUCACUGGUUGCUACACUAUAUGCAUCCUGUCUAAGAAAAAAAGCUGGUAUUAACUAAGAAUGUGCUGACUAUAUUAUUUUAUUAAAUACUUUCAACAAAAGAAAUAAUCAGAAUUGAAUAUUUGUAAGAUAAAACCCAGAAAAUUUAUUUGUAUUUGUUUCUAUAGAAAUGGAAUUGUCUAGACAGUAAGUUAGGUGCAGAACUAAUCUCUCUUUACUUCCUUGUACUGCACUCUCUGUACCUGUUGAAUUUAUUUCUUUUAGCUUCAUGAGAUGAUGUUGCAGCUGUCAUUGCUAUGCUUCUGAAAAUCUCUUUGGUUUGGCUGCUUUUCCAAAUAUUUUUCUUACAAAUUCAGCACUCAGAGUAUUCCUUUCAUUUCAGAGAAGUCUUAUUUAAACAUUUAGGUCCCUUUUGCCCUCUCCUUCUUUCCCCAUUUUGCAUUAGACCAUUUCUAUUUCUUUCAACUUUUGUUACCCUUCUCUUUCUACAGUUUAUUUGUCUCUCGUAUGAAUAUAGAUUCUGUUCACACUGGUUUUUCUAUUUUUAGUUUUUCUAUUCUCACUCUCCCUGACCCCAUGUCUUUACACUGUCCAAACUUCCUUUUGCUCUUGAACCUGUUGAGGACUGGUACCUCCUCCUCUGUAAUGUUCAUCUCUCUGCAGUUACAUUGCCCACACUUCUGAAUGCACACAGAAAUGUCACUGCAGCCCCUACUUGCUUAGAUAUUUAUCUCAUCAUCUUUGGCCACAGACUCUCCAUCUUCUAGCAUUGUUUCUUCUGCUGUUUUCUUGUGUCUCAGUAGCUGGAGAUCAUUCUUCCUCCUCACUAUGUCUGUCUUCUGUUUGCUUUCUCAUUAGAUGUUGGUAUCUAUGAGGCAGUCCUGACAGUCUGUGAGGAGGGGGAGGACUCUGAUGUAGCAGGAGUAAUAAAUAUAUUUGUCUGUCUUGAGGUGUCAAGGACUAAAUUUGAAGUGGCUGGACUGGGGGGACCCUCUGUCCCAAAUCUCUGUCUGAAUUAGUGCUCCCUUCCCCAAUCUCUGACUUUGAAAAUGUUGUUCCUACUUGAUCUCUUUAUCAAGAGGGUUAUCCCUGAGCAGCACAACUCAUCCUUGCUUUCCCUUCCAGGGGACAAGACAGACUUGAAGUGGGACAGGAACUGGAAGUACAACAGGGCAUAGAGGAGGGAUGCCAGGGGGUGACUGAGAUCAAACAAAGAGUAAUUUGAGACUUAAUUCUACUUGACUUAUGUUCAGGUAAAGCUCAGCUCCACUACCCAGAGAAAUCCUGUUCCAUGGUGAGAGGUGUGACAGACCUUUAAAAUCCACCAAGAGCUGAUCCUGCCUUUUGGCUAAUCUGACCUAAGAUGGGAAAAGGAUCUGAGAAUUGGGGUGCUAUUUUCUGUAACCAGGCUUCCAGGUCUCCGUAUUUGUGGGGUGGUUUGCUACUGGGAUUAGUGAUGGUGUUGUCUGUCACCAUGAGGACUGUUACCCCGUUUGGUCUAGCAGUGUCAGAAACUCAGAACAGCACUUCUGUCCCACUGAAAAUCAAGUAGUUCUCAACACAGCUAAAUCAUAUCUUUUUCAGGCAAAUAUCAAGCAGUUCUGUGUCAGCCUAUAAUGUUAUAUUUGUUCUGACUGAGACCUCAGCAGAUUAUUCAGCAGACCAAUUCUGUCAAACAACACAGUAAUUGGUCAAAGAUAAAAUUGCCAAACAAACUUCCUAGUGCACAUUGUCUUUGGUUUUGACUGAGUGGGGACAAUGCUUCAGCUGACAAUCAGACUGUCCUGUUCUUCCUUUUCAAAGAGUUACCUGAAAACUGGUGACCACUGUACUGAGAAGGUGGAGAUGGAGUUUAGUUCCUACCCAUUUUGAAGGUGUGUGAGGACUUGGUGGCUGUGAGCACAUGAACAGGAAUGUCAGGAGGAGACCAGGAGGCCCUGUGGCUUGAUGUAGCCUGCUAGUUGCUUUCAGAGUGUUUGUUGGAAGAUGCAGUCAGUCUGCACAAAGGUUUGCUUUUCUCUGUUCUCCAAAUGCCUGUGUUUUUGUCAGGUGCUAGCAUCUACUUUGCAAUAAACUACUGUUAGUUCAGA